AUGGAGUCCAGUUUAAAAACAUACGAAAAUGGAAACCAAAAUAGAGUCACCUAUGCUAAAAAGGUUCAAAUGCAGCCACCAAUUAUUGAAAAUAGAGAGGACUGGAAAAAAAAUGAUUGUUCCUAUAUGAGGUUCUGGGAUAACAUCUGUAAAAUCAAAACUAAAGCAACAACUCGAUUAUUUACAAUUAACAAAUCGCAAAGUAUAAAAGAUAUCGUUCAAGAAUUUAGACAACAUUUUCAAACUCUUCUCAAUACGCCUCUUAUUUUAAAUAAUAACCAUAAUCCUUCUCAAAUUCCAUCUCUAAGUAAAGAGCCUAAUUCACUAAUCAUAACAUCAGCUGAUAUUAUAAAUUGCAUCUCACAAUUAAAUAGUGAUAAGUCCCCAGAUAGCUAUGGGUUAAGUGCUGAACACCUUAAAAACUAUCAUAAUAAUAAUCUUCUUUUGUGGCUUGCUAAAUUUUAUAACAGUAUUCUAUCGAAUGGAAAAGUACCAAAUGAUCUAUCAACUUCAACAAUUAUUCCACUUGUUAAGUCAUAUAAAAAAUCUCUUAAUAAUCCAGAUAAUUAUCGAGGAAUUAGUAUUUUACCUAUCGUUACUAAACUUCUAGAGUAUCUAAUACUACGAAUAUGUCCUAGUAUAACAGAUAGCCAUUCCCAUCAAUUUGGUUUUAAAAAAAAACAGUUCUACUCUCCACGCAGAAUUUUUACUGAGCGAAACUGUUAUGCACUAUAA